GACUCAGAGCUGUUACCAUGGUUUUGGAGAAGUUGUCCGAGGAAGGCCUGUCUUUAAGACAUCUUGCAUGCCCAAGGAUGGAACCUUUAAUUACCUUGGCCAAACAGCAGCUGCGACUAGCAAAAACAACCCGGGAAAAGAGUCGGAGGUGUGGAAAAGCGUUUCAGAGGGUUAGGCAAGGAAGGGGGCCAAGACCAACAGAAAGGUGUGACUCCGGAGAGAGAGGAGUCAGGCAACACAACAUACUAAUAAACAACUCCUGGGGGAAGAAAUGAGAACAAAAGACAAGAGGGAAGGAAGUACAGAAAAGUAGCGACAGGGAAGGAGAAAGUUUCCGAAAGGCUGUGAGGAAGCCGGAAGAAAGGGUGAAAAAGGAAUCCGAGAAAAAUACUGAGCAUGGAGAAUUCCAGAGAGAAAACGAGAUGAGAAGAUGGAGAAAGCAGCCCAGAGAAGGGGAGGAAGGAGAUAAGGGAAGAAGUGCACACAACAGAGACGUGUGAGCGGAGAGGAGGGCAAGCGGCCACGGGAGGAGGGGCUCAUCACCUGUGUGGCGCCCCCCGGCGCCGUGGUGCAGCCCUGCUCCAAGCGUGGCUCGCCGGGGCUUUUAGGAUUGGCUCCCGCCUCCCAUUCAUGUAACCUGCGUGCUUGUGUGUGUGUCCGUGCGCGCGCGCGUGUGUGAGUGUGUCUUGCUUGCUAGCUCGCCCUGUGUGUAGGAGAGCGAGGGUGGGGGACGGAGGCAAGCAGGCGAGCAGGCAGGGAGGGGAAGAAGAGGAGGGAAGCUAUUAAACACACACACUCACAUACACCCGCGCGCUCACCCCCGCCCCAACCCCCAGAAUCCUCGGGAUUGCAGCUGUUUCAUGUGGGGCAGCAGUGCUGGCAGAGACGCCGGCCGGGAGCGGCCGGGAGCCGGAGCCUGGCGUGUGCGCGCGGCUGGAGGCUCGCUGGGGCUCCACUCCCCGCGGGAGCUAUUGUUGGUCUCGUCGGAGCUGAGCUCAGAACCCGGACCUGCACCUUCUUGGGCACCUCUAUCCGGCUCGUGAAGCGGUGGAACCAGCAGCGCAGUGCCUCGCCUCCCCGCCGUCCUCGUCCCCGCUUCCCCGGCGGUGGCAGCCUGCAGUCACGAUGGACAAUCUGAGCCUGAGAGAGGGCUAGAGAUUUCUCAGACCCCCGGGCAGUAGAAAGCACAUCGCCCUGUCCUCCGGGAUCCGAUGGCCUUGGAGAGGGGGCUGCAGGGCCUGCGGACACCAACUCUUCCCAAAGUGCUGACAUGGAGCCAGACCGCUCGGCCCUGAGUGCGGCAAGGGCCCAAUUCGUGGAUGUGGAAGAGCGUGGGCCGGAGGCCAUGGACGUGAAGGAGAGGAAGCCCUACCGCUCGCUGACCCGGCGCCGCGAUGCUGAGCGCCGCUACACCAGCUCGUCGGCAGACAGCGAGGAGGGCAAGGCCCCACAGAAGUCCUACAGCUCCAGUGAGACCCUGAAGGCCUAUGACCAAGAUGCCCGCCUAGCCUAUGGCAGCCGCGUCAAGGACAUGGUACCCCAAGAGGCCGAGGAGUUCUGCCGCACAGGCACCAACUUCACCCUGCGUGAGCUGGGGCUCGGGGAGAUGACACCCCCUCAUGGGACCCUCUACCGGACAGACAUCGGCCUCCCGCACUGCGGCUAUUCCAUGGGGGCCAGCUCCGAGGUGGACCUGGAAGCCGACACUGUACUGUCGCCUGAGCACCCAGUGCGCCUGUGGGGUCGGAGCACGCGGUCAGGACGCAGCUCCUGCCUGUCCAGCCGGGCCAACUCCAACCUCACGCUCACGGACACGGAGCACGAGAACACAGAGACCGGUGCUCCCUUGCAUUGUUCAUCUGCUUCAUCAACCCCUAUUGAGCAGUCCCCCUCCCCGCCCCCCUCCCCUCCGGCCAAUGAGAGCCAGAGGCGGUUGCUAGGCAAUGGUGUGGCCCAGCCAACCCUGGACUCAGACUCUGAGGAAGAGUUUGUCCCUAACUCAUUCUUAGUUAAAAGUGGCUCCGCCAGCCUGGGGGUCGCAGCAAACGAUCACCCCAGCGGCCUGCAGAACCACCCUCGGCUCCGGACGCCACCGCCACCACUCCCCCAUGCCCAUACCCCCAACCAGCACCAUGCGGCCUCCAUCAACUCCUUGAACAGGGGCAACUUCACCCCCAGGAGCAACCCCAGCCCGGCACCCACAGACCACUCACUCUCCGGGGAACCCCCGGCAGGCAGCGCCCAGGAGCCAACCCAUGCCCAGGACAACUGGCUGCUCAACAGUAACAUCCCACUGGAGACCAGAAACCUAGGCAAGCAGCCAUUCCUAGGGACAUUGCAGGACAACCUCAUUGAGAUGGACAUUCUCAGCGCCUCCCGCCAUGAUGGGGCUUACAGUGACGGGCACUUCCUCUUCAAGCCAGGAGGCACCUCCCCGCUCUUCUGCACCACAUCCCCAGGGUACCCCCUCACGUCUAGCACCGUGUACUCGCCCCCACCCCGGCCCCUACCCCGCAGCACCUUCUCCCGGCCGGCCUUUAACCUCAAGAAGCCCUCCAAGUAUUGCAACUGGAAGUGUGCCGCCCUGAGCGCCAUCGUCAUCUCGGCUACCCUGGUCAUCCUGCUUGCAUACUUUGUGGCCAUGCACCUGUUUGGCCUAAACUGGCACCUGCAGCCGAUGGAGGGGCAGAUGUAUGAGAUCACGGAGGAUACAGCCAGCAGUUGGCCUGUGCCAACGGACGUCUCCCUGUAUCCCUCAGGGGGCACUGGCUUAGAGAACCCUGACAGGAAAGGCAAAGGAGCCACGGAAGGAAAGCCAAGUAGUUUCUUUCCAGAGGACAGCUUCAUAGAUUCUGGAGAAAUCGAUGUGGGGAGACGGGCUUCCCAGAAGAUUCCGCCCGGGACGUUCUGGAGGUCUCAAGUGUUCAUCGACCACCCUGUUCACCUCAAGUUCAACGUGUCCUUGGGGAAGGCAGCUCUAGUGGGCAUUUACGGCAGAAAAGGCCUCCCUCCUUCCCAUACUCAGUUUGACUUUGUGGAGCUACUGGAUGGACGAAGGCUCCUAACCCAGGAGGCAAGGAGCCUGGAGGGUCCCCAGCGCCAGUCACGGGGUGCUGUCCCCCCAGCCAGCCAUGAGACCGGUUUCAUCCAGUACCUGGAUUCGGGGAUCUGGCACCUGGCCUUUUACAACGAUGGGAAGGAGUCUGAAGUGGUUUCCUUUCUCACCACCACCAUUGAAUCAGUGGAUAACUGCCCCAGCAACUGCUACGGUAAUGGUGACUGUAUCUCGGGGACCUGCCACUGCUUCCUGGGUUUUCUGGGCCCUGACUGCGGCCGAGCCUCCUGUCCCGUGCUGUGCAGCGGGAAUGGCCAGUACAUGAAGGGCAGGUGCCUGUGCCACAGCGGCUGGAAGGGCGCCGAGUGCGACGUGCCCACCAACCAAUGCAUCGACGUGGCCUGCAGCAGCCACGGCACCUGCAUCAUGGGCACCUGCAUCUGCAACCCCGGCUACAAGGGAGAGAGCUGCGAGGAAGUGGACUGCAUGGACCCCACAUGUUCCAGCCGGGGUGUCUGCGUGAGAGGCGAAUGCCACUGCUCUGUGGGAUGGGGAGGCACCAACUGCGAGACGCCCAGGGCCACAUGCUUGGACCAGUGCUCAGGCCAUGGCACCUUCCUCCCAGACACCGGGCUUUGCAACUGCGACCCAAGCUGGACUGGACAUGACUGCUCCAUUGAGAUCUGUGCUGCUGACUGCGGUGGCCACGGCGUCUGUGUAGGAGGCGCCUGCCGCUGUGAGGAUGGCUGGAUGGGGGCCGCAUGCGACCAACGGGCCUGCCACCCUCGCUGUGCGGAGCAUGGGACCUGCAGGGAUGGCAAGUGUGAAUGCAGCCCCGGCUGGAACGGCGAACACUGCACCAUCGCUCACUAUCUGGAUAGGGUAGUUAAAGAGGGAUGUCCUGGCUUGUGCAAUGGAAAUGGAAGAUGUACCCUGGACCUGAAUGGGUGGCACUGUGUGUGCCAGCUGGGCUGGAGAGGAGCCGGAUGUGACACGUCCAUGGAAACCGCCUGUGGGGACAGCAAAGACAACGAUGGAGACGGCUUGGUGGACUGCAUGGACCCCGACUGCUGCCUCCAGCCCCUCUGUCACGUCAACCCACUGUGCCUGGGCUCCCCCGAUCCUCUGGACAUCAUCCAAGAGACCCAGGCCCCCAUACCCCAGCAGAACCUGCAAUCCUUCUACGACCGCGUCAAGUUCCUCGUGGGCAGGGACAGCACACACGUCAUCCCUGGGGAGAACCCCUUUGACGGAGGGCAUGCAUGUGUUAUCCGUGGACAAGUGAUGACAUCAGAUGGGACCCCGCUGGUUGGCGUGAACAUCAGUUUCAUCAAUAACCCUCUCUUUGGGUACACAAUCAGCAGGCAAGAUGGCAGCUUUGACCUGGUCACGAACGGCGGCAUCUCCAUCAUCCUGAGAUUCGAAAGGGCACCCUUCAUCACGCAAGAGCAUACCCUCUGGCUGCCCUGGGACCGCUUCUUUGUCAUGGAAACCAUCGUCAUGAGGCAUGAGGAGAAUGAGAUUCCCAGCUGUGACCUGAGCAACUUCGCCCGCCCCAACCCCGUGGUGUCUCCAUCCCCCCUGACGUCCUUCGCGAGUUCCUGUGCUGAGAAAGGCCCCAUUGUCCCAGAAAUCCAGGCCCUGCAAGAGGAAAUCACCAUCGCGGGCUGCAAGAUGAGGCUGAGCUAUCUGAGCAGCCGCACGCCUGGCUACAAGUCUGUCCUGAGGAUCAGCCUCACACACCCCACCAUCCCCUUCAACCUUAUGAAGGUCCACCUCAUGGUGGCCGUUGAGGGCCGCCUCUUCCGGAAGUGGUUUGCUGCAGCCCCUGACCUGUCCUAUUACUUCAUCUGGGACAAGACAGAUGUCUACAACCAGAAGGUGUUUGGGCUGUCAGAAGCCUUCGUUUCCGUGGGUUACGAAUAUGAAUCCUGCCCAGAUCUGAUCCUGUGGGAGAAAAGGACGGCAGUGUUACAGGGCUAUGAGAUCGAUGCCUCCAAGCUGGGGGGCUGGAGCCUGGAUAAGCACCACGCCCUGAACAUCCAGAGCGGCAUCCUACACAAAGGGAACGGAGAGAACCAGUUCGUGUCCCAGCAGCCACCGGUCAUCGGCAGCGUCAUGGGCAAUGGGCGCAGGAGGAGCAUCUCCUGCCCCAGCUGCAAUGGGCUUGCUGACGGCAACAAGCUCCUGGCCCCCGUGGCCCUUGCCUGCGGCUCUGACGGGAGUCUCUAUGUGGGAGACUUCAAUUACAUCCGCAGGAUCUUCCCUUCUGGAAAUGUCACCAACAUCCUGGAGAUGAGAAAUAAAGAUUUCAGACAUAGCCACAGCCCAGCACACAAAUACUACCUGGCUACAGACCCCAUGAGCGGGGCCGUCUUCCUGUCUGACACCAACAGCCGGCGGGUCUUCAGGAUCAAGUCCACCACAGUGGUGAAGGACCUGGUCAAGAACUCUGAGGUGGUGGCGGGGACUGGGGACCAGUGUCUCCCCUUUGAUGACACUCGCUGCGGAGAUGGCGGGAAAGCCACAGAAGCCACGCUCACUAAUCCCAGGGGAAUUACAGUGGACAAGUUCGGGCUCAUUUACUUUGUGGAUGGCACAAUGAUCCGACGUGUCGAUCAGAACGGGAUCAUCUCCACCUUGCUGGGCUCCAAUGACCUCACCUCCGCCAGGCCCCUCAGCUGCGAUUCUGUCAUGGAUAUUUCUCAGGUUCGCCUGGAGUGGCCCACAGACUUAGCCAUCAACCCAAUGGACAACUCCCUCUACGUCCUUGACAACAACGUGGUCCUGCAAAUCUCCGAAAACCACCAGGUGCGCAUUGUUGCCGGGAGGCCCAUGCACUGCCAGGUCCCUGGCAUCGACCACUUCCUGCUGAGCAAGGUGGCCAUCCACGCCACCCUAGAGUCAGCCACGGCUUUAGCUGUCUCGCACAACGGAGUCCUGUACAUCGCCGAGACGGAUGAGAAAAAGAUCAACCGCAUCAGGCAGGUCACCACAAGCGGUGAGAUCUCCUUGGUCGCCGGUGCCCCCAGCGGCUGCGACUGUAAAAACGAUGCCAACUGUGAUUGCUUCUCUGGCGAUGAUGGCUACGCCAAGGAUGCCAAGCUGAACACCCCCUCUUCCCUGGCUGUGUGUGCCGACGGGGAGCUCUACGUGGCUGACCUUGGAAACAUCCGGAUCCGAUUCAUCCGGAAGAACAAGCCUUUCCUCAACACCCAGAACAUGUACGAGCUGUCCUCCCCCAUCGACCAGGAGCUGUACCUCUUUGACACCAGCGGCAAACAUCUGUACACCCAGAGCCUGCCGACGGGAGACUACCUGUACAACUUCACCUACACGGGGGACGGCGACAUCACGCACAUCACCGACAACAACGGCAACAUGGUGAACGUCCGCCGGGAUUCUACCGGAAUGCCCCUCUGGCUGGUAGUCCCAGAUGGCCAGGUCUACUGGGUGACCAUGGGCACCAACAAUGCACUCAGAAGCGUCACCACGCAAGGACACGAGCUGGCUAUGAUGACGUACCAUGGCAACUCCGGCCUCCUGGCGACCAAGAGCAAUGAAAACGGGUGGACGACGUUUUACGAGUAUGACACCUUUGGCCGCCUGACCAACGUGACCUUUCCAACUGGCCAGGUGAGCAGUUUCCGGAGCGACACAGACAGCUCCGUGCACGUGCAGGUAGAGACCUCCAGCAAGGAUGACGUCACCAUAACCACCAACCUGUCUGCCUCGGGUGCCUUCUACACCCUGUUGCAAGACCAAGUCCGGAACAGCUACUACAUUGGGGCUGAUGGCUCCCUGCGGCUACUGCUAGCCAACGGCAUGGAAGUGGCCCUGCAGACCGAGCCACACCUGCUGGCUGGCACCGUCAACCCCACUGUGGGCAAGAGGAAUGUCACACUGCCCAUCGACAAUGGCCUCAACCUGGUGGAAUGGCGGCAGCGCAAGGAGCAGGCUCGCGGGCAGGUCACAGUCUUCGGGCGCCGUCUGCGGGUUCACAACCGAAACCUCCUGUCUCUGGACUUUGACCGUGUCACACGCACAGAGAAGAUCUACGAUGACCACCGCAAGUUCACCCUCCGGAUCCUGUACGACCAAGCAGGGAGGCCAAGCCUCUGGUCGCCUAGCAGCAGGCUGAAUGGGGUUAAUGUGACCUACUCCCCUGGGGGUCACAUUGCCGGAAUCCAAAGGGGCAUCAUGUCUGAGAGGAUGGAAUAUGAUCAGGCAGGGCGCAUCACGUCCCGGAUCUUUGCGGAUGGGAAGAUGUGGAGCUACACAUACUUAGAGAAGUCCAUGGUGCUUCACCUCCACAGCCAGAGGCAGUACAUCUUCGAGUUUGACAAGAACGACCGCCUCUCUUCCGUGACCAUGCCCAACGUAGCCAGGCAGACGCUGGAAACCAUCCGCUCGGUGGGCUACUACAGAAACAUCUACCAGCCCCCGGAAGGCAACGCCUCCGUCAUUCAGGACUUCACCGAGGACGGGCACCUGCUGCACACCUUCUACCUGGGCACUGGCCGCAGGGUGGUCUACAAGUACGGCAAGCUGUCGAAGCUGGCCGAGACUCUGUAUGAUACCACCAAGGUGAGCUUCACCUACGACGAAACGGCGGGCAUGCUGAAGACUGUCAACCUCCAGAGCGAGGGCUUUACCUGCACGAUCCGCUACCGUCAGAUCGGGCCCCUCAUCGACCGCCAGAUCUUCCGGUUCACAGAGGAAGGCAUGGUCAAUGCCCGUUUCGAUUACAACUAUGACAACAGCUUCCGCGUGACCAGCAUGCAGGCCGUGAUCAACGAGACCCCACUGCCCAUCGAUCUGUACCGCUAUGAUGAUGUGUCAGGGAAGACGGAACAGUUUGGGAAGUUUGGUGUCAUCUACUACGACAUCAACCAGAUCAUCACCACAGCCGUCAUGACCCACACCAAGCAUUUCGACGCUUACGGCAGGAUGAAGGAAGUACAGUACGAGAUCUUCCGGUCCCUCAUGUACUGGAUGACCGUCCAGUACGACAACAUGGGGCGGGUAGUAAAGAAGGAGCUGAAGGUAGGACCCUACGCCAACACCACCCGUUACUCGUACGAGUACGAUGCCGACGGCCAGCUGCAGACAGUCUCCAUCAACGACAAGCCUCUCUGGCGCUACAGCUAUGACCUCAAUGGGAACCUGCACCUGCUGAGCCCCGGGAACAGCGCCCGGCUCACGCCACUACGGUACGACCUCCGUGACCGUAUCACGAGGCUGGGUGAUGUGCAGUACAAGGUGGACGAGGACGGCUUCCUGAGGCAGCGGGGUGGGGAUGUCUUCGAGUACAAUUCGGCGGGCCUGCUCAUCAAAGCCUACAACCGGGCCAGUGGCUGGAGCGUCAGGUACCGCUACGACGGCCUGGGGAGGCGCGUGUCCAGCAAGAGCAGCCACAGCCAUCACCUGCAGUUCUUCUACGCGGACCUGACCAACCCCACCAAGGUCACCCACCUCUACAACCACUCCAGCUCCGAGAUCACGUCCCUCUACUACGACCUGCAAGGACACCUCUUCGCCAUGGAGCUGAGCAGCGGCGACGAGUUUUACAUUGCCUGCGACAACAUCGGGACCCCUCUCGCGGUCUUCAGUGGAACCGGCCUGAUGAUUAAGCAGAUCCUCUACACAGCCUACGGGGAGAUCUACAUGGACACAAACCCCAACUUCCAGAUCAUCAUCGGCUACCACGGCGGCCUCUACGACCCGCUCACCAAGCUCGUCCACAUGGGCCGGCGGGAUUACGAUGUGCUGGCCGGACGCUGGACGAGCCCAGACCAUGACCUCUGGAAACGCCUGAGUAGCAGCAGCAUCGUGCCUUUUCACCUCUACAUGUUCAAGAACAACAACCCCAUCAGCAACUCUCAGGACAUCAAGUGCUUCAUGACAGAUGUCAACAGCUGGCUGCUCACCUUUGGAUUCCAGCUACACAACGUGAUACCUGGCUAUCCCAAACCAGACACCGAUGCCAUGGAGCCGUCCUACGAGCUCGUGCACACACAGAUGAAAACUCAGGAAUGGGACAACAGCAAGUCUAUCCUUGGGGUACAAUGUGAAGUCCAGAAGCAACUCAAGGCCUUCGUUACCUUAGAACGCUUUGACCAGCUUUAUGGCUCCACCAUCACCAGCUGCCAGCAGGCCCCAGAGACAAAGAAGUUUGCCUCCAAUGGUUCCAUCUUUGGCAAGGGGGUCAAGUUUGCCUUGAAAGAUGGCCGCGUGACCACAGACAUCAUCAGCGUGGCCAAUGAGGACGGGCGGAGGAUUGCGGCCAUCUUGAACAAUGCCCACUAUCUAGAGAACCUUCACUUCACCAUUGACGGGGUGGACACCCACUACUUUGUGAAACCAGGACCUUCGGAAGGCGACCUGGCCAUCCUGGGCCUCAGUGGGGGGCGGCGAACCCUGGAGAACGGGGUCAACGUCACGGUGUCCCAGAUCAACACCAUGCUCAGUGGCAGGACUAGACGCUACACUGACAUCCAGCUGCAAUACAGGGCACUGUGCCUGAACACCCGCUACGGGACAACCGUGGAUGAGGAGAAGGCGCGGGUGCUGGAGCUGGCCAGGCAGAGAGCUGUACGCCAGGCUUGGGCCCGGGAGCAGCAAAGACUGCGGGAAGGGGAGGAAGGCCUGCGGGCCUGGACAGAGGGGGAGAGGCAGCAGGUGCUGAACACAGGGCGGGUGCAGGGCUAUGACGGCUUCUUUGUCACCUCCGUCGAGCAGUACCCAGAACUGUCGGACAGCGCCAACAAUAUCCACUUCAUGAGACAGAGCGAGAUGGGCCGAAGGUGACAGAGAGGGCCAAGGCCCGGACUUCUUGCCAAAGACAGCUAUCCUUCUGUGUCCGUAUACCUGACUGUGUUGUACUUAACAAAAAAAACAAAAACUUUUUUUUAACAAGUGCAGAAAACAAAACAGAAUGAUAAUGGUUGCAUUGUUAAUUCAUGCAACAUCUUUUUUUUUAAAGAAAAACACAAAUUUGGCCUUCACACAUUUUUUUUUUUGCAAAGAAUGGAAGUUAUUUUUCCUGUAGUGUGACCACAAUGAUGACUUGAUUGUCUUUUGUUCCCCUUUUCCCUGAGGAAUUUUCCCUGUUGUUUGGGGUACAUUUCUCCUCUCUUUGGGGUACACAUCGCCUUGGGUGUGUCCUCACCCAUCCCUAGGUACCCAGUGUGAUGUGAGACACGAGUGUCUGUGCUAACUUGUCUCAUGUGUAACCCUUUCUUCUUUGACUGGAGUUGGGAGUGAAGGGUGCAGAGAGGAACAGGCUUGUGGGACCUCAGGAACUUUGGUUAGGCUCCCACAGAAAGUGGUGAGCUUCUCUCCACCAUGCUUUGUGUCUCCUGAGGGCCCACAUCAUGCUCUGGGAAGGUCCAUGGUGUCGUUCAGCCAGCACCUUGCCAGGCCACCCCAGACUCCCGCCCCAGCAUUGUAUUUUGAUGCUAAAUGAACACCCCCACUCUCCCUUUUGCAAGUCUCUAGUGUAGCUGUCAGUGCCACCCCCACCCCCACAACAAAAUAGAGAAGGUGUCUCCUAGGUUCUCUCCCCAGUCUGGUGAUAUAACAUCCUGGGGCUGCGAGCCCCAUCCUUCCCAAGAGACGAGAGCACCAGGAUGUCAGUGAGUGGUUGACCUUCCACGAUGCCCCUCGCUCAUCUUCUUCCUCUCUCCCAAAGUCAGACACGAGAACCAGCACCGCGCAGCAAGCCCUCAAAGUCCAGGGAAGGCAAGGAAGCCCUGUCCCUUCCAGUGCUCAGCUGCUGCCACUGAGAAUCAGGAGUGUGGCAAGAGAUGCCCGGUGGCCUUUGAUCCUGGAAAGAUGCAUAGGAAAUGAAAGUCAGCCAAAGAAAGGAUUCAGCAAAGGCAUGAGCCAGGGAUCCUUCUAGCUGGCUCCUGGCCUCUCUUCUGCCUCCCCUCUAUGGGCUAUUCCCAGAGGCUCCAGAGUCCCAGAGCCUGGAUUUCAGGAAACCCCUUCUGCAGAGUUUCUUCACUAGAGAACCCCAACCAGGAUUGGUUUUGGUUUAGGUUUUAAAUAAGAGGAAAGAGAUUGUUUGGUAUGGCUUGUCGGUGUCCUGCAGCCCCACUGGGAUCAGGGAUGGUGGUGCCAAAGGCUGGUGCCGGCGGAUCCCAAAGGCCAGGCUAGCAUUGUUCCCGUGGAGACCUCUGCACAUAGCUAGCACAUGUCAUCUUGAAGAGGCUAGGCACAGGCACAGCCAGUGUUGAGGGGCUGCCCAGAGGGAGGCAGCAGCCAGCAGGCCAGCGGAGGUAUGAGCUCGCUGGAGAAUUCCUUUUGUGGUCUGUCUGCCUGGAUCCCAUGGUCAUUAGCACUCACAGGAGGCUCUGGGAGAUGGGAGCAGGGGAGGGGGGAGCCAAAUGCUUCCUUUUGAGCUGGGCUUCUUAGAAAAUGGGACUUUUAUGGGUUACAUUUACAUUAACUGUGGAAAAUGAAUUCUGAGUCUAAGCUAUUCCCCGUGGAAACCUUGUUGGACUGAUAAGCUCAUGGCACCUUUAUAGCCUUACGGAGUCUUCAGAAACAUGACAUGAGUUAAUGAAACCGAGAAGGUCUCUUACUGCAUGAGAAUCGGAGCCAUGUGGAGUCUGGGUUCUGCCUGGCAGAGGGAGGCACCCAAAGCUUCUCCAGGAGGGGAGAUCUCGCCUUACCUUGUCCCACUGGGAUUAGAGGAUGUGUUUCGCUAAGUGCUCUUCCUGAUUCAAAAAAAAAUGCCACACUGCUGCCACAGUGACAGAUGGAGACUGGCCCGCUCUGUCCAUUGGUGACCACAGUAUGUCAUGGCCUGCCCUGUCCACUGGUCACCACAGUGUGUCACAGCCCUCUUCGUCAACUAGUUGCUCAUUACCUCUGGAUGAGAGCUCUGCCAGGUUAGAUCCGAUGCCCCCUCAGGUCCACUGUACCCAGCGUGAGCUGCUAAUGGGGAAUGGUAUGAUCGUUCUUGGAUGGGAUAGAAAAUAGUUUGACCUGAAAAAACCACAAUUCUUUUUGUAUCCAAAAGACUUAACGCCUCUCAAAAUGUACUUUUGCUGUAAGGAUCCUUUGGGCAGAGUUGUCCUGUGAGUUGGCCCAGUUGAUCUAUCCCAGACUGGCUGCCUGUCAUUGGCUAAGAUCCGCUGGGGACAUUUACUUGUAAGCCAGAGACAGCAUGUGACCCAAGGGAACCAUCUCCUUGUACCUAUCCAGCCUGUCUUCCUCCCCCACUACCUUCCUCCCUCAAAGAAGAGCAGUAAACACGAUGAAUCACUGGGUGUUCUUUUUAAAAACAAAACAAAGGAAUGACCCAGUAUUCUUCCUGGGUUCCAUCCCAGAAAGAGUACCUAGCUUCUACAGGGGAAACAAGCAUCCUGAGCUACAAAGGAAUUAAUUCAGCAGCAGGCUUGACAAACACACGGCUCUACCUUAUGCUGGGCAUUCUGGCCUGGGCCCCUUUAAGUUGGAUUCCACCUCCCAGGUGUGUUUGGAGGCCUAUGCCACAGCUCCUUUCGCCUAUGUCGGAGGUUCUGAGUAUUAAAUGUCUUCCUAGACAGCACCUGUCUUUUGGGCACCAACUACAUCUGUCUACUUGAUAGAGUGACCAGGUCUUCCUCUCUGGUCCACGCUUGCGAUUCUAAAGGGUGGUAGCUUCUGAACCUCUAAGAUCUGUUUCAAGUAGUCCAUGCCUCUUCUACCCUCCAUAGCUACCAACCUCAGUCCCUCCUCCAUGACCUUAACCAAGACUUUCUCAAUCCCCAAUUUUGUCUUCUAUACCCCAAGAUCCACCCCCCCCCCCCUUACAACCAUCUCCAAGACAAGCGUCACUGGAGGGUACAGGGGCAAUUCUGACUCCGUGGUAAACCACACCUUAGCCUCUGACACUUGGCUCAGAAUCGCUGGCGGAGAAUUAGCCCAAGGUCCACGCUGGUGCCUGACUCUCCUGAGGGAUACGAGGUCUGACAGACACCCUAGGAAGCUAGUGGAGAUGGAGACUGGACAAGUGCCUGCAGAUAACAGAGAGGGCACUGGGCGGGGCUUGGAUGACGGAGAAGCCUAAGAGAGCUGAGUUACCUGGGCAGGGCUUUCUAGGCACAGAGCAAGGGAAGAAGAAGGAGCCUUUCAGCCGUGACUUCUCAGCCGCUGCCUUUACAGGCAAGGUCUGCAAUGUGACAUCGUAGAAUACCGGUAGCUUUGCCAUUUGCAGCCCUGGCAUUUCUGGUGGCCUCUUGGUGAGAGCAGUGACACUAGGUUUUGUACCCGGGAAGAUGGGCUUGCUGGAUUUCAGCAGGUUGCUGGGCUUUGGGACUUGAUCACCCCUUCACAGCGACCACCCAGCCUAAGAGGUGGCUCCCGAUCCUGGGGAUGGGAGGUCCCCGAAAGACCCAGCCUCUCCUUUCUCCUGGGAUCCUCAUCAGGAAUAAAAGCCCUCCAUGUGAGGCAUGUCAUCCCCAGCUAGGUCCAAACCAUUGUCUCUAUUUUGUGGGAGGUGAAGGAUGGGGGGGGGGGGGGAAGCACUCUGCCGUGCAAGGCCUUUUUAUUUAGCCUUCCCAAAACAGCAAACUCAUUUUAAAGACUCAUUGCUCAGGUGACAGAGAGAAACUUUAACCUCUCCAACCUUUUCAUUCUCAAAAACCAGCCUUGUGUACUUGACUGCCCUGAACAGUGGUGCGCUCUGAGGUGUCUCGGUGUUGUGGAAGAUCAAAGGCAGGAAGGCUUGGGGUGGGGAACCUCGUGUUACAUUUGGAAGGCCCUGGCGGGGCCCUGUGUUGUGUUUCUUACCCUCUGGGGAAUGCCAAAGGCACAAGACUGGGCUACUUCCUGGUCCCUAAGAAAAAUGGGAUUGAUCCUAAGGGCAGACAUUUGAGGGAGAACUGUCCCAGCAGAAACAGACCCGCAGAUGUCUGGGGGUCCCCGGCAGCUCUGAUCCACUCACCACCAGAACCCCACUGUUCUAAACGUGCCCGUUGUUCCGAGGACCUCUGAACCCGCAGCUCUGGCAAGCUGCCUCUGGAUGACUGACACUGGAGACUCUGGCCUUACCAUGUGGAAAUGUUUUCCUGAGAUCUGGAACUAAUUUUGAGAAGUUUUUUUUCUCAACACUUUUGUGUUUCUAACACUGUAUUCUUGACUGUGUAAAUACCAACAAGGCUGUAAAUAAAUGCAGAUGUAGAUACCUUCUAGAAAAAGGGGGGGGGGAAAGCAUAAAAAAAAGAAAACCAGAAGUGAUCCCGUGUAGCCUUCGUUGACAAAUAAAAGACUAUUUU